GCCGGUGGAGGCCGCGCAGGCGUACCAUAGUAGCCGCAAUGGCGCUGCCGGGCUCCUUGAAUCGCUAUCUGCUGCUCAUGGCACAGGAGCACCUGGAGUUCCGCCUGCCGGAAAUAACGUCUUUACUCUCGCUGUUUGGAGGCCAGUUCACUAGCAGUCAGGAGACAAAGUCUCCAUUUUGGAUUCUUAACAUUCCCUCUGAAGAUAUUGCAAGAAACUUAAUGAAACGCACUGUGUGUGCCAAGUCUUUAUUUGAACUAUGGGGUCAUGGAAAAUCUCCCGAGGAGCUGUAUUCUUCUCUUAAAAGUUACCCCGUGGAGAAGAUGGUUCCAUUUCUGCAUUCGGACUCGACAUAUAAAAUAAAGAUUCACACAUUUAAUAAAACAUUAACUCAAGAAGAAAAAGUGGAGCGGAUAGACGCACUUGAAUUCCUGCCAUUCGAAGGAAAAGUAAACUUAAAGAAACCACAGCAUGUAUUCUCCAUUUUGGAGGACUAUGGUUUGGACCCAAACUGUAUCCCCGAGAAUCCACACAAUAUUUAUUUUGGCAGAUGGAUUGCAGAUGGACAAAGAGAGUUAAUUGAGUCCUACAGUGUCAAAAAGAGACAUUUUAUUGGAAAUACAAGUAUGGAUGCUGGUUUAUCGUUCAUCAUGGCCAACCAUGCAAAAGUGAAAGAAAAUGAUCUUGUCUUUGACCCCUUUGUUGGAACAGGUGGCCUCCUGAUAGCAUCUGCUCACUUCGGUGCAUAUGUAUGUGGGACAGACAUAGACUACAACACGGUUCAUGGCUUGGGAAAGGCUAGUAGGAAAAACCAGAAGUGGCGUGGACCAGAUGAAAACAUCAGGGCAAAUCUUCGUCAGUAUGGCCUAGAGAAGUUUUACCUUGAUGUCUUGGUUUCAGACGCAUCUAAGCCUUCCUGGAGGAAGGGAACAUAUUUUGAUGCAAUCAUCACAGAUCCUCCAUAUGGUAUCAGGGAAUCUACAAGAAGGACGGGUUCACAGAAGGAAAUACUGAAGGGAAUAGAAAAAUGUCCAGAAAGCCACGUUCCUGUCUCCUUGACUUAUCACCUGAGUGACAUGUUUUUGGACCUGAUCAAUUUUGCCGCUGAGACCCUCGUACUGGGUGGAAGACUAGUUUAUUGGCUACCAGUCUACACACCAGAGUACACCGAGAAGAUGGUGCCUUGGCACCCCUGCCUGAGACUUGUUAGCAACUGCGAACAGAAGCUUUCCAGUCACACAGCAAGGCGCUUGAUCACGAUGGAAAAGGUGAAGGAGUUUGAGAACCCGGACGAGUAUUCACGACUGCUGAGUGAUCAUUUUCUGCCAUACCAAGGACAUAAUUCUUUCCGUGAGAAAUAUUUUAGUGGCGUGACAAAAAGAAUUGCCACGGAAGAACAGUGUAGCCACGAAGGAAAGCUCUGACACUGGCCAUCGGGAAAGGAGGAGUGUUUUAUAAAGAGGCUUCAGAUGUGGAUGUGUAUGAUUUAAAAACCUGCGCUGAUUUACAAUUUUUAUAUAAAUAAUGGCUAUUAUUCAAAAGUGAAUAAUUUCAAAA